AUGAACGAUAUGGGAAAGGAGGUUAGGCUGCCUAAACUGAACAAGCCGCUAUUGUGGCUGUUAAGGCUGUCAAGCAAUAAUGAUUGUGAACAACAGAGUACAGGAGGUGAACUGCAUCAACCUCCAUAUAAGGACGAAGAACACAAGCCAUGUAUCCCGAAUAUGUCUAACAAUUGUUUCGAUGGUCAACCAGCAGCUAAGAGACUCUGCUAUUCUGGCGAAGAUGAGCAAGUUUCUCCUGUACCAAGAAAUUCUAUGUAUCCCUGGUCAAUGCUUCACAGUACUCCAAUCACUAGCAUUCCUUACAUCAAUACAAAUGAAUUUUUCCACUCUGGCAAUUCUGUAAUGCUCCAACAUCCAAUGUUCUCCUACCAUAGCCCAACUAAUAGCAGCAGUGGAAACAGUUCUGGAAGCUUCAACUCCUUCGAUAGUGGAUGUAACACCUCGGCUUCCUCCACUUGUUCUUCUCCCAUGCUACCACCAUCAGCUGUUCCAUCACCUCCAAUGAUGCCAUCACAGGAACAGAAACCUGACUUCGGCCCAAUGGCAUGCAUGCCUUUCAACUCACUGUCCAACAGCUAUCAAGUGCCAUCUAACCUGUCUGAAAAGUUCGAUGAAGUCAGUGGCCGCCUGUGCUUAUUGAGUGGAUCUACCAAGUACAAAGUAACAGUUGGAGAGAUUCUCAGACGCAUUAGUCCACCAGAGACUCUUCAUGCUAGCCUUAUCAAUGGAAUGCUCAGAAAAGGAAAGGCCAAGGAUAACGGCAAGCGUCUCCGAUCUCAACUCCAGCCAUACAACAUUGUAGUUCCUAGUGGAAGAAGAAAGACUGCCCCUACCACGGGUUUCACUUCAUUCUGUGAAGAAGAAGCAGUACUUUUGGCUAAGGACUAUUCAAGCCUUCUUUCAAGAGAGGGAGGAUCAUCAGCCAUUGCUCAACAAAUUGCUAAUAAUGUAAUCAACUCAAACAUGAAUUCCUCAAUCACAUUAGCUGAGCUCCACGCCUUCAGAAAAGUGAAUGAUUAUUUCCUUCGUUUGUACAGCAAUAUGCCAGAGAACCCAGCAGAAAUUACUCCAGCAACACCUGAAGAAGUUGCCAUUAAUCGAUUCUGCUCUCUCACUCAUGGAUUCGGUCACAACGCUGUAAGGGGAACACUGAGCUUCAUGAAAACAGUAUCCAACCAAGCUAUCAAUCAAUGUGAAAAUGUAAUGGGAGGACCAUCUCAUCAAAUGACUUGCCCACCAAACCAGGUCCCUAAUAACUUCUUCCCAGUAGCUUAA